ACGUUUUUCCUACUGUGUCUCAAACUGUAGUAACUGUAAUUACAUGGUAUAGAGUAUGUAAGUUUGAAAAUAAAUAAACCACUUUCUUACUAAAUCUAAUGUGUCAAGUAUUAAUUAUGAGUUAAUACAAUAAUAAAACAGAAUGGCAAUUACAUUAAAGGUUUUGUUUUUUUUAUUAGGAACUGCUUUCUGUUCAGAUUUUUAUAAUGCUACUUUAAAAGUAAAUUUAAAUAACGGUGCCCAAAUAUGGGAGAUAAAUACAAAACUUAAGCAAAUGUUGACAAUUGAAGAAAAAUCUUAUUAUUAUACCGAUGGACAAAUUAUCAACAUGACAGUUACCGCCGUCCAAGACCAAACCAAGGAUGCCGUCAAAACCUUCGUAUUGAGUUACAGUAAAUAUAAUAUGAGACUUAUUGAAGGACGUACACUACAGUUCUGUUCAAAUGCAAACAAUCAAUCGCUCGUAAUAAAUACACAGCUAACUGCUGACAUGAAGGAAGUCAGGUACAAAUUUUUCCUUGAAAUUGGCGACAACAAUCAGCUGACAGACAGCUGUACGAAGAAAACAAAAACAACUCAGAAAAUUAUCUUUACUCUUAAAUUUAAGUUUAAUCAAACGCAGAAUAGCUGUAAAAAUAUCUGCAUAAAAUACGACGACAAUUAUUAUACUGAGUUUUCAGACCACGAGUACAGCGCCGAAAAAGAAACACAUUUAGAAUGUCAUUAUAAUGAACCUAAUGACACUUCUUCAUAUAAUUACUUCAAACUACUUUGGUCUAAAAAUAAUAUAAUAAUAAAGGAAGGAUCAAAGGGUUACACAGACUUAAGCAUUCCAAUACACCUUGCAAAAGAUAGUAUAAGUACAUAUACGUGUGGGGCAAAUGUAUUUUAUACAGACAUCAUUAAUCAGACCAUUUCACAAAUAACAAUUAGAUUUAAAUAUAUUAGACCAGCGUCAACUAAACCGUGGAUCCCGACGACGCCUAAAACAACAAAACAACGUACUACUACAACUACUACAACGACGACUACUACUGCUACUACAAUCCCUCCUACAACAACAACAACAACUACUACUACUACCCCUCCGACAACUACUACUAGAAGUAGAACACCUCCUACUACUCCUCCUACAACAACUACUACAAGAACUACGUCAACAACAAUUGCCCCUGUUACAACUACAACUGAAAUUAUACCAACAUCAUCAAGAAUAAUAACGCCAAGAAUAACCUCAGCAACACAAUUACCAACAACAGCAAAUGUGUCCAAGCCAGACAAAAAUUACCAGAGAGAAGAGGGUCCUUUGUUGGAAGUUGUACCAUUACCGACGUUCACUACCUACAUUACAACAACCGCAUCGAAUAAUGCUCAGAAUAUCACAAACAAUAGUGAAAGAGGUAUAAAAAAUGAAGGUGAUGAAAGGCAAGAUAGCAAAAGUGACAACAAAGAUGACGUGCCAUCAUUUCUGGAAGAGAACUGGGUCCUAAUAACAGCUGGUUUCGUCGGUUUAACUGUUCUACUAAUCAUCAUAGCUGUGGUGGUGACGUACCUCAUCUUGAAAUCCAGGAACAAGUAUAAAGAGGACAAAAUACAGCUUAACCCAAAUGGCUCAAGGAAAGACUUAGACAACAUUCCGGUGGACCGAAACAGAAAACCACAAAACCCCAAACUUAACGAUUAUUAUUCUGAUAUAAAUACACAUUCAACCAAUUCAGUAUACGCUGAUCCGUACACGUCCAUGUACACGCAACCACUACCAAAACACCUAAGGAAAUCACCUAAAAACAUACCUGAACCUAAACGUAAACCAAAACUAAGACACCAAGAAAGUUAUUCUAAUACAUGUGAAGAUGAAUACAACGAUCCUUCUACUUACAACAACCUGGACAAGAACACUGCGCAGUACAACAACGUGGUCAACACACUGAAAAACAGACAGCAUGUACACUUUUACGAUAAUACAGCGGCUGGUUAUUCUAACGCAGACAACGGGAAAUAUGAUUUGUAUAGCGAGCCUGGGUUGUACGAAACGCCGUCCUAAUAUUAUAUACCUAAGCAAAACGCUUUAAAUAGUAAUAUAACAGAUAAUUAAGUAUCAUUAUCAACCCAUAUUCGGCUCACUGCUAAGAUCAAGUCUCCUCUCAGAAUGAGAGGGGCUAGGCCAAUAGUCCACCACGCUGGCCCAAUGUGGAUUGGCAGACUUCACACACGCAGAGAAUUUCUCUGGUAUGCAGGUUUCAGGGUAAUUUUUUAAAAUGUACUUUUAAUUUUACAUUAUGUCAAUCGUACUUAAUAAAUUAUUAUUAAUAAUAAUAAAAUAGACUAACAUGUUUAUUACACUUAUGUUAAGUA